AGCCAAAUAAAAGCCAAUUAAGCCGGCAAAUUUGACUAUUUUAUUGUUUGGCCCCUAAAACCGGUCAACCGUCCCCAUGAUGCGGCCUCCACAAGAAGUGAGAAAAAUAGUGAGUUCUAAAAAUACCAACACUAGAGAAAUAUGAGACCACAAUAUGCCAAGCUACCAUUUUCAUGGCCACUAGAGCUCUUGAGGCCAUCCGUAGCAUGACUCAGCUUUGCCGAAUCCCAUUGCGCUUCAAGCUUAGAAGACGAAUCCUCCGACGAGUCUCCAUCCUCCGCCGCCACCUCCUGAUGCUCUGGAGCCAAGUCCUCUCCUGCGUGAUUGGGAAGUCGGUCCAUUAUCGACCACUACCACGCGCCACCAUCUCUUCCUCUUCUUCUUCCCCCUCUCCGGGCGCUGUCAAGUGUGGAUUUGCACCCGAGGACUCCCCAUCCCCGAACUGCGAUCACCACAAGGAUUCUUCGGAUUUGGUUGCUUUGAAGAUCAGUCUUUUGGGUGAUUGCCAGAUUGGGAAAACUAGUUUUCUGACAAAGUAUGUAGGGAAAGAGAAAGAGCAAGAAGACCUCCAGAACACAGGAUUGAAUCAAAUGGACAAAACACUGUGUGUUAAAGGGGCACAUAUUACUUAUAAUAUCUGGGAAGUGGAAGGAGACGAAAAUACUCAGAACAAUGUCCCAAUCGCUUGUAAAGACUCUGUAGCAAUGUUAUUCAUGUUCGAUCUAACAAGCCGAUGUACUCUAAAUAGUGUCAUCAACUGGUAUCAAGAAGCAAGGAAAUGGAAUCAGACUGCAAUUCCGAUACUAAUAGGAACCAAGUUUGAUGAUUUUGUCCAACUGCCAAUAGAUCUGCAAUGGACAAUCGCAAGUCAGGCAAGAGCAUAUGCAAAGGCCUUGAAUGCGACACUCUUCUUUUCAAGUGCGACCUACAACAUCAAUGUGAAUAAGAUCUUCAAGUUCAUCACGGCAAAGCUCUUUAACCUACCAUGGACUUUGGAACGUAAUCUGACAAUCGGGGAGCCCAUCAUCGAUUUCUAGACUUCACCUUGGAUCAGACCUCCUGCGGAUUGCCAAUUAGCACGUAUAGAGAUUGUUUGAUCCUACAAUAAGUGUUUAAAUCAACCAGUCACUGGAUCUGUCAGUGCUGUCAGUUCAUAGUGAAUAUUUGAGUUGUUUCCUUUGACUAUGAUGGAGAGGAAUUUAGAGGUGCAGUGCAUGUCCUCAUGUAACUCUGUGUCAUUCCAAGUGUAGAAAGAGUUCUGUGGAGUAGGGGGAAAAAUGAAAUAAUCACACAUUAGUCUAAUGUAGCUUAUUAUUUGAUAAAUGCAAGCCAUGGAGGUUUAUUUUUAUUUUUUA